UUCGGCUUUGUAAUUUACUUCAUUUAAUAUUAGAUCAAAUAAAUGAAAAACUGAAUUACUAAGGGGGUUUUACUGACCAUUCCAAGGCUGUAUGUUUAUUAACAAAGAUAUAUCAAUUUAUAAAUUUUUGCUGUUCUUGUAUUGUUUAGUUUAGUGCCUCUGUAUAUUUAUUUAAAACUUAACAUUGUGCCUCUAAACAGUGUUUAUUUACUUUAAUACAAAUUAUGGCCCUUGACAUUGUUUUUCUUUUAUUCAACUUAUUCUUGGACAGGGACAUAUGGCAUCUUUAAUGCAUUCAUUCUCGUAAGACAAAGCAGCGAAUAGUCUUAGAGCCAGCUGUCCUACAACAGAUCUAGUUACUUAACGAUAAACAAGCUUAAUCAGAAGCGACAAAAACAAAUACACUGUUCUGAAUGAUUAUGAAGAACUUUCUAGUGCCUUUUAUUGUACAUCCAGACAUAUUUACCUCCAGCUACAGAUAAACACAGAAUGGCUCAUACUUCACAGAGAAAUGGAUUAAGAACAUCUGUAAAGAAAGUUAAUUACAGAAAACUUCACGAGUUUGGAAGGAACAGGAAAGAAGAUGUCUCUACUGCUGAAGAUCUUGGGCAACAACUUGUACCUGAUGACAACAUAUCUAGCCUUAAAAACAGACAUUCAGACAUGUUUGUGUGUGGAAUAUGCAGUAAAUCAUUCAGUAACUUUAACCAAUAUCUAGAACACUUUGAAGACCAUAAUAUAUUUCUGGAUGUAGACAGACAUACAUGCAUUAAACAGGAAAGUAAAAUAACAUGCACCAGAUGUGAACAACAGUUUUUAACACCUUGCUCAUUGCACGAACAUUGCAAAGAUCAUGGAUUAGAUGGAACUUAUAUCUUUGAUGGCUUAAGUAAUACAGCCUUUCCACUCGGGCAUGAGUGCGCAAAGGACGACACUAGAUUGGCCGAUGAUGCUGAUAUGGUUAAUGCAUUUAGUGAACUCGUACAAGAGGAUAAAGAUGGUUUUGUGCUUAAAGCAUACAGCAGCUUUUUGAAAUAUGUUUCCAAUAAAAUGAAACACAUUGCAGAAAUAUCAGUACCGGUUUCUGAAGCUCAAUGUGAAAACAGAACAAAGAUACACGGAAAUAACAUCAGUACUUUUAAUAGUAAACCGGAUAAAAAGAAUCUUAGUUUUGGGAAUGAAAUUCAGGGCAAUAAAUAUUCAAAUAGUGUUGGCAAUGUUAUUGAGGACACUAAGCCAUGUACCUUUACUAACUCAGAAAAGGAUUGUAAUACUUGUAGUCUUCAGAACGAAGAACAUAAAAACAUAGUCAUAAAAUAUGAACAAAAAGAAGGUGAUGAUAAUUAUGAAACUGGUGACCAUGUACUUGAGGUGGAUGAUGAAAAUGUGCAAACUUGUAACAGUUCAAAAGAUGUAGUACAAUCAGUAUCUAAAGGAAGAAGGAAAAUAAUGAAGAAAGAAAAAACACCAGUUGUUAAGUUUGAAAUGAAGGGGAGACCAAAGAGAAUGAAAGCGGGAUUGGAAAAUCUAAAAAACAAGCAUGGUAAAAAUCGUAUUAUGAAGAUUGUAAAUGGACAAAGAUAUUAUGAAUGUGGCAUUUGUGGGAAACAUGUCCGAAAUAGCAUUCAUGAUCACAAAAGAAUUCACACAGGUGAACGUCCAUUUGAGUGCAGUAUAUGUGGAAAAAAGUUCUCACGUAAAGGUCACGUCAAACAGCAUGCACUUACUCAUUUAACAAUAAAACCAAUUUACUGCGAUCAGUGUGGGAAAGGCUUCACUACGAACACUGACAUAAAAGUACACAUGAGGUCUCAACACUCAGACGAACGACCAUUUAAAUGUGAACAUUGUGGAAAGGCAUUUGUAACGAUUAACCGGCUCAAUAAACAUAGCCUUCAGCACAAUGAGAAGCGGAGCACAUGUGACACCUGUGGUAAACAGUUCACGCAUCUCUACAACCUCAGCUGCCACAUAGAAAACGUCCAUAGGAAGGAAAAACGCCACAUGUGCUCAAUCUGUGAAAAACGGUUCUCUACAAACUAUCAACUUAAAUGUCAUCUCAUUAAACAUGCAGGUGUUCGUCCAUUCAACUGUACGUUUUGCACCCAGGAUUUUGUGGAGAGGAAAGAUUUGAGGCGUCACUUGAGCAAAAAACACAAUAGGCAACUGGAUGAAAAUGCUAAGCUACCAGAUCUAACAAAGGUCUUGGAAUCAAUUCAGACAACUUUGCAAAUGCAAUUCCCUGGUAUCAACCUAGACAAUAGAGGACUUGAAGAACACAUAACAGAACACAUACCUCAGCCCGUUGAGGGAUCAGUCAAUGAGGAAUCAAUUGUACAUGAAAGUUCUAUAACAAUUGACAGUGAAACUGUAUUUUUAUGAAAUAGUGGCUUAGUAUAUGACAGUGAUAACUUCGGGAAUUCAGUGAAAGUGAUUUACUCAGAUGAUCAAUAAGUUAUUUCCUGAUUUGAAAUUGAAAGUGAGAUAGGUAAACAGUGUGAUGCUGACGAUUAAAUGGAGGAAUAAUCUAGGAAAGGCAAGAUUUCAGCUGUCACUGAAAAAAGAAAGAUUAAAAUGUAGAUACUUAUUCAUAUACAUGACCUAAGGUUUAAUAAAAAUGAACAACUGGU